ACCGAAUUUCACCCGUGCCCGUCAGAUCCCUUAACAGUAGAAGUGUACGAGCAGAAAAUGCUGCUUUCACUCUUUGCCCGCAUCACGGGCUCGGCCAAGGUCAUGGACAAAACCGGCCCGGACGUGACCAAGCCGAGCCGCACGCUCGCACCCACCACCGAGGACGACGAGACCCACGACGAUGUGAGCAUGCGUCUUCCUGAAUUCGAUAAGACCAAGACCAUCCUCGACAAGCAGCGCGCCGCGUCGGCCGACGAAACCGAAGACGAGUCCGACGACGAGGACGAAGAGGAUGACGUCGAGGAUGGCCUGACGCACGACGACCUCGCGGAAGCGCAGUGGCUUCUGGACACCCUCCUUGAGCUUGUCGAGGCCGCGGCUACCUUUGGCCUCGAGGGCGACGAGAUGUUUGACAUGCUCUUGGCUCUGGACACGUGGCAGCGCGCGCUCUACGACGCGCCCGACUCGGUCCGGACGCGCCUCCCGACGCUUUCUGCGCUGCUCUCCUCCCUCAAGGCGUACGCUCGGCCGUUCAAGCAAGCGGAUCUGUGGUACCAACUGGUCGAGUGCGAGACGGCGCUUGAGCAGCUCGCGGCGCCGCGCUCCUAGCGGUGUCGCGCAUACGUAGUCGUUAGUCGUUAGUCGUUAGUUGAUCUGUAUGAAUGGAAUCGCGUGUCGUCGUGGGUCUGUCGAGCGAAGACAGCAAGGCC